CGAAAUCUUCUCAAUUGCGGGCCGUAAUUCUUGCUGAGUAACCUUGAGAUCUUUCUUCGAUGCAUGCUCAUGAAUAUUCUCUUCAAGUCUUCAACCCAGCCAGCCAGCCAGACGGACAGACAGACAGACAGACAGACAGACAGACAGACAGACAGACAGACAGACAGACAGACAGACAGACAGACAGACAGACAGACAACCAGACAACCAGAAAACCAAUAUCAAACUCGUCAAACCGAACCUUGACAGUCUCACUCACUAAAAGCAAUAAUUGCUUCAUCUUUUCGUCUCAUCCGAUCUACAAAACUCCAUUUCCACUGGUGACACUGAAACCCUCGCAAGCCACCCGUUCCGAAUUCGUCCUCUUCAGAGCCUCAUACCUUUCUCCCCCGGAUUCUCAUGCAGAGAGAUCUAGAAGCAUACCCCUCCAACUACCUCAGAUCCACUUCUUUGCAAAUAUCUACCUCAUAACUUCUCAUAUCGUUCUUGCCUCAAUCGUAUUAAAGAAGGAUCUUGUCCUCUUUUUUGAUAACAUCUAUCAAUCAACUCACACUUCAACAAUAGCUCAAUCAUACCCAAUCAUACAUCACACAUCACACGAUCCGCCGGCGGUUCAUCAUCUCACGAAUCCAACAUCACUAUAAAUAUCCAUCUAUCUCUAUCCACUCAAUAUCAACCCCUUCUACUACAAAUCACAAACGUCAUACCAGUCCCUCCGCAAAAAUGGAUAUGUCACACUCACACAUGCAAAUGGACAUGGGCAUGGGCAUGACCAACAGUACCAGCACCAGCACAAUGGACAUGUCCAUGAUGUCAAUGACAUUCUUCAUCUCUAAAACCACGGCCCUCUAUUCCAACAUGUGGACACCCAGCACCGAUGCCGGAUACGCAGGAACCUGUAUAUUUCUCAUCUUACUCGCAACACUAUUCCGCGGUCUUCUCGCCGUCAAAGCCUGGAAAGAAAGCGCAUGGCUCGCCGAAGAUACCAAUCGUCGUUAUGUGACUGUUGCCGGAAAAGGUCCAAAAUCAGAACGGGUCUCGUUGGAUAGUGAUUCGAAGAAUAUGGUAUUGAGUGAGAAUGGUGUUGAGGAGAAUGUGAUGGUGGUUAAGACGAGAUCGAUGGGGAUUCGACCAUGGAGAUUAAGUGUUGAUCCCGUGAGAGCGAUUAUGGAUACUAUUAUUGCUGGUGUUGGAUGGUUACUGUGAGUUUUUUAUUCUUUUUUUCUUCUUUCUUUUUAUCUUUCCGACGCGAACGAUAACUAAUUAGAAUGAAUAUAGUAUGCUCGCGGUCAUGACUAUGAAUCUCGGAUAUUUCCUCUCUGUCUUAGGUGGUACAUUUCUUGGAAGUUUAGCACUAGGUCGCUAUGUUAUUGCAUCUGAGCAUCAUUAGACAUUCUUUCUAGAUUAUAAACAUUAUAGAUGUACUGCGGCAGGCAAGCAGCUUUAUGGGAAUUGGGUAAUUAAUGAUGAUGAUCAUGGGAUGGAUGAAAAUAUAUUAUUAUUGAUUGAAAGAAAGGAAUUUGAGUAUUAUAACUCGAUAAUAAAGUAUGAUUUUUAAAU